AUGGCGCCCUUCUCCUCGACGCUCCUCCUCCUCCUCCCCGUGCUGCACGCCAGCGCCAGCCAGCUCACCGCCCUCAGGAAGCUCCCCCCCGACGCGGGCCACAAGAUCUCUCGGCACCAUCUCGACUUUGCGUCCCAGGACUCAUGCGCGGCAGAAGCCGACGCCGAGCUUCUCCCUCGGCUCAACGGCACGGCGGCAUGCCUUCGGCCGGCGUAUGGCCAGCACCUCCAAGAACGUGACCCUGGCCGGCCCUACGUGCUACGACGCGCCCUGCUCGAGCAGAGGUCCUCGUGCCCGGCCACCAUGAACAGCUGCGCCGACCAAGGCUUCCCCAACAAGUGCUGCCAGGAGGGCACCUACUGCACCGACGUGCCCGAUGUCGACGUCGGCCGGGUCGCCUGCUGUCCCCGCGGCACCCAGUGCGGAGGCCAGGUCGCCAGCUGCCCCUCGGAAGCCGUGAGCUGUCCGCAGUCGCUGGGAGGCGGCUGCUGCAUACCCGGCUUCGUCUGUCGCGGCUUUGGCUGUGUUCCGAGCCCUUCCUCCACCGCGCUCCCGCAAACCCCCAUCCAGGCUCCCAUGCCGCUCGAGACGGUCACCACGACGAGCACCACCAUGGUCGAGGGCAGUCCCUCCGUCGUCAUCGUCACCAUGACCGUCACGACCACCUCGUCGCCCGCGCCCACGACACAGACCACGACCCAAGUCGUCACAGCCUCGGACCCGGACUCCGCCACCGGCAGCCCGCCAUUCCGCCCAACCAGCUCCGGCGCUUCGGCGACGACUCGCGACGACUCGAGCACGCAGUCGGGCUGUCCCACCGGCUUCUACGGAUGCCUGGCCACCCAUGGCGGAGGCUGCUGCCGCACCGAUCGCGACUGCAACACACACUCGUGCCCGCCGCCGUCGUCAUCGACCACCAUCAUGGCCAACGGCGCCACAGUCGUGGUCCCCGCCGAGGGCAGCCCGCGUGACGCCGACGCGACGCCGACGUGCGCGGGCGGCUGGUUCCUGUGUGGCGAGUCGGCGGGGCCCGUGGCCGGGUGCUGCCCAAGCGGGUUCGACUGCGGCACGGCCAGCUGCUUCGCCGCGCAGGCCAGCCAGACGGGCAGCGUGCAGAAGCAGGCCCCGCGGCAGAGCGCUGGUGGCUGCGGCGGCAGUGAUAAAAGUAGGGCGGCGAUGCGCAAACUGCUCUUCCGCGCCACCGUGGGGGCUUGUCUGUGGGCCCUGGCAGCAUGA